AUGCAGUACGGUGCGACAGGGGCUUACCUCGUGUUGUACACGACGUCGACGUUCGGCGGGGGUGGCGAGUGCUGGCUGCACCUUUCUGAAGCAACAACGGCUAAAGAGAAGCGCAUUGUUAUGAUUGAACGAGCCAUCAAAGCGUGGGAUCUGAUCACUGAGCGCGACGUGCGUGCAAGUUUCAUCAAGGCGUUACCGAAAUCGGAGUAG